AGGUGUCGUUUUUCCGAUUAGGACGUGCAUAAGUUGUAUAAAACAACGCCAGAUAGUUUCAUUUGAUUCGUGACUGUUUAGUGAUACUGAGGUUGAAAUAUGAACCUGUUCGGUGUUGGCUUUGUUGUGGCCUUAAACUUGGCCUUCGCUUGCAGCGAAGUUUCUCCGGUGCUGGAGGUUUGCUCGACUAGCGAUCCGCAACUGAACCAGUGCAUCGCCAAUGUGGUGGAGAAGCUGCGGCCAAAUAUUGCCUCCGGCAAUUACGGCCCAGGCCGUAUCGCUACCAAGCUGGAUCCGUACUUUAUCGAGAAGCUGAACAUCGAUCACGGACCGAGCUUUCGGGCCAAUUUGAACAAUGUGAACAUCGAAGGGAUUAGCAAGUUUGAGCUGCGGAAGAUUCGUGAAGAUCUACCCUACAAACGGUUCAACAUUUCUGCAAAGCUUCCAAGUCUCUAUGUCUACGGUCAAUACGAGCUGAACAUGAACAUUCUUCUGCUGCGCAUCGCCGGCAAGGGUAACUUCAACCUAACACUCGAGGAUACCCUAGUCAGUCUGAAGGUUCAGUACCAGCUGGAUCCGAAGGAUGGCAAGGAUUACGUCAAAUUCCUGCCCGUCGACAUGAAGCUCAAGUUCGCCGGAGCCAAGUUCUGGUUGCAGAAUUUGUUCAACGGUGAUCCGGUGCUGGAGCAGGUCGGAAACCAGGCCAUCAACUCCAACCCGCACCUGCUGCUGGACGAGGUUCGACCGUCGAUCGAGGAACAUCUGCGCGAAUCGUUGACGGAAAUUUCCAACACCGUCGUGCAGGGAGCCGAAGAGCGCGAGCUGCUUCCGCUGUAAGCCUGUCAAUACCUGUGUGAUAUUUGUUUUAAUUUUUAGUUGAAAUGUGAUACCAUUCAUAAAAUCGGUUUAAGAUAAGAGAAAAUUUGUUUUUCGUAAGCUUUACGGAACUGUUUCCAAAACAAACAAAGAUAAUAAAACAAUGUGAUUAAG